GCACCUGAUAGGGAGCUAAGUAUCUAUACAGGUAUCCCCUCUGCAGUCAGGGGAGAGCUACAUCCCUAGAGGAUAUACUGCUAGGAUUAACUUUUCACCCAGCUGCCCUAAAACGGGCCCUCAAUCAGUGCACCACAAAAAGCACCCUACUCAAGGACAAAGAACUAAAAGUAUAACCAACUGAAGUCUGAAUUGUUCAUGACAUUUAUUCCUCCUCCUUUUCAAUCCCUAAACGUUCGGUUUACAGUACCCAUAUAGAUUCAGGGUACAUUCCUUGAGAGGAUUUCUUUCACUCACAAGGAAGCACUUCUUCAACCUAUACUGGAGCAUUGGACCUAAGGACACCCCUUUGUAUUUCUUAUUUCUAGAAACUGAAUUUAAUGCACCACCAUGGGCAAGGUACUUUCCAAGAUAUUUGGCAACAAGGAAAUGAGGAUCUUGAUGCUCGGUCUUGAUGCUGCUGGGAAGACCACCAUCCUGUAUAAACUAAAAUUGGGACAGUCUGUCACAACUAUACCAACUGUAGGUUUCAAUGUAGAGACAGUGACUUACAAAAAUGUAAAGUUCAACGUGUGGGAUGUGGGGGGCCAGGACAAGAUUCGACCCCUCUGGCGGCACUACUAUACUGGCACACAAGGCCUUAUAUUUGUGGUGGACUGUGCGGACAGAGACCGUAUUGAUGAGGCUAGGCAAGAGCUCCAUCGCAUUAUCAAUGACAGGGAGAUGAGGGACGCCAUCAUCCUAAUAUUUGCCAAUAAACAAGACCUCCCUGAUGCCAUGAAACCCCAUGAAAUCCAGGAGAAACUUGGUCUGACACGAAUCAGGGAUAGAAAUUGGUAUGUGCAGCCAUCCUGUGCAACCAGCGGGGAUGGGCUCUAUGAAGGACUUACAUGGCUAACCUCCAACUACAAAUCUUAAUGACUAAUAGAGGUCCCGCAGGCAAUUUAAGCUAUUACUUCUCAGAAGAUAUUAAAUAGGGGGAGAGGAAGAGAAGUAAUGACAUCGGAUUAACAUGAUCUGAAUGAUCACCUCUUUAAAUUACAAGGAGAUAUGGGCUGGAAUACUUUAAAAAUAUCUAUAUGAAAAUAUAUUAUUUUUUGCUUUGCUGUAGGAUCUAAUUUCCCAAAUUUCCAGACGUAUAAAUGAAGCGACUAUGAAAUUGAAAUUACCGAACCAUUCUUUAUCUUUAGGCUCAAACAAAAUGGUUUGGUUUGAGGGAUACAUGCUUAGUUUCCAGUUCUGCUUUUUUCCUCUUAAACUUUGUUUGCAUAUGUUGUAUUUCUGCCUUUUUUUUUUUUUUUGCAUUCAUACAGGGUAUGUUGCUAGAUCUAUUUCAACUAGUAAACUUAAAAAUUAUAUUCUUUCAAAAUCACCCUGCAGUUUGUCAUUUAUGCAAAAACUGGUGUUUUUGUUUAGCAUUUAUCAGACUUAUUAGAAAUCUUCGUAUUAAUUUAAUUAACUUACAAUUAAGUUGAUUAACUGUAUUGCAUCCCAUCUGCCAUAAUCGAAGUCUGAAUUAUUGAAAUUCUCAUACAUAAGCCAUGCAUGAAUAGACUUAAUUCAAAUUAUCCUGAUUAAUGUUACAAAGCAAUGGUGAAAUAGGUGUGUGGCAUUUUGAGGAUCAUACAGUGAUCAGAAAAUUUUGUCAAAUCUGUCAUUUGUUUUGGCCUGCCCGUUCGUGUACAUAGAAGAGGGCUCUGUUAAUAUGUAGCAAUACUUAAAAUUAUGCAAAGAUCAUCACAUUGGAAGAAAUUAAUUCUGUAAAGCACAACUUUGUAAUUCAUUGCAAAGCUUAUUUGACUCUUAGUAAUCUUAUCUGCCUGAUUCUGUGUUAAAAAGGUACAUUGCUCCAAAAAGCGUCUUCAAAUAUAU